AUUUCUUCUAAAAUGAUUGCUAAAGCUCGAGCUUAUUGUAAUAUUAACAGUCCAGGAAGUUUAAUAUAUAACAAACCUACAAUUACAAGAGUUUGCAUUAGUGAAGAAAGUGAAAAACAGUUUGAAUGUUUUUUUUCUGAUAAGAAUAUAGUAAAUCUAA